AUGCAUCUCCUUAGCACCAAUAGGAUUCUGUCCCUUUUCGUUGUUGUUGCGACGACAAACCUCGUCUACGGUGUUCCCAUCGAGGCUGAGCAAGCACACGAACAGGCGCUGCCGAGGAACCUCGAAGGGGAGUUUGGCAUCUCCAAGGAAUUCGACUAUGUCAUUGUCGGCGGUGGCACCGCCGGCUUGACUCUUGCCAACAGGCUGAGCGAGGACCCGAGCAUCUCUGUCGCUGUUGUCGAAGCGGGGAGCUUUUACCAGAUCACCAACCCUUUGCUGGGAAAGACGCCAGUGGGUGAUGUCUUGUUUGUCGGGUCGGAUCCAAGCGACACCAACCCCUUGGUUGAUUGGAACUUUGUCACCGAGCCCCAGAGGGGUGCGAAUGGGAGGAAGAUUCAUUAUGCCAGGGGAAAGUGUCUUGCAAGAAACUUCAUGAUCUACCAGCGGGGUACCGUCCAGUCCUACCAGAAAUGGGCAGAGGCCGUCGGUGACGAGAGCUACUCCUGGGAGGCGCUGCAGCCGCACUUCAAGAGGAGUGUCAGCUUCACACCUCCCAGAGAGGACCUCCGGUUCAAGAAUGCCUCGGCCGAGUUCAACAUCAAUGCCUUCUCCACCACUGGCGGAGGGCCCCUUCAAGUGUCUUAUGCCAACUACGCCAACUCUUUUAGCACAUGGAUGGAACCUGCGCUGAACGAGAUCGGUAUCGGACCUACGCAAGACUUCAACAGCGGGAGUUUGAUGGGCGCGCAGUAUUGUGCUUCGACUAUCCGGCCUGAGACCCAGACUCGUGACUCGAGUCAGACUUCUUUCUUGCGAGAGGCAUCCGGGAGGGGAAAUCUCAAGGUUUACAUGACGACGCGGGCGAAGAAGAUUGUCUUUGAUGAGAAGAAACGGGCGACCGGGGUUGUGGUGGAGAGCAGGCCUUUUGGACUGUUCGAGUACACUCUCAAGGCGAGGAGGGAGGUUAUCGUCUCGGCCGGCGCUUUCCAAAGCCCGCAGUUGCUGAUGGUUUCUGGUGUUGGCCCUAUGGUCGAGCUGGCGAAGCACAAGAUUCCACUCAUCGCGGAUAGACCUGGAGUUGGACAGGGGAUGCAAGAUCAUGUCUUCUUUGGGCCGAGCUGGAGGGUCAAGGUCGAGACGCUGACGAGGAUUGCCAAUGAUCCAUUGUUUGUGUUGGGAGAGUUUGCGGGGCCUUAUACGUUCAAGAAGCAAGGCCCGUUGACCAAUCCCGUUUGUGAUUUCCUGGGCUGGGAGAAGGUACCACGUGGGCUGAUCCCGAAGGAUACUUCGACGAUUCUGGAUGGGCAGUUCCCACCUGACUGGCCUGAGGUUGAGUACUUGACUGCCCCGGGUUACGUUGGUGACUUCUCCAACUUGUUCACCACUCAGCCAAAGGACGGGUACAUGUACGCGACUAUCCUUGGUGGUCUUGUUGCUCCGAUGUCGAGGGGCACCGUCACGCUCAAGUCAGCCGAUACCAAGGACCUCCCACUCAUCGAUCCCAAGUGGCUUACCGACCCGACCGAUCAGGAGGUAGCUGUCGCGCUGUACAAGCGUCUGCGUCAGGCGUUUGCGUCAAAGGCUAUGAAGGGCGUGUUGGCGGAUACAAAGGAGUACUUCCCUGGCCCGGACGUCAAGACGGAUGCACAGAUCUUGGCUGUGAUUCGGAAUACGGUGCAGACAAUUUGGCAUGCCUCUUGCACGUGCCGGAUGGGGAAGAGGGAUGACCGUUGGGCGGUUGUGGACAAGGAAGCCAAGGUGAUUGGUGUGGAUGGGCUGAGGGUGGUAGAUGCGAGUAGCUUUGCGUUGUUGCCGCCGGGGCAUCCUCAGAGCACGGUCUAUGUCCUGGCUGAGAAGAUUGCGGCCGAGAUUUUGCGGAAGAAUCAUGGCAAGACGAUUGCUUGA